AUGGACUCAAUAAGGAUGGUGUACGUGGCAGCACAAGUGUGCAUCCGACAUGGAGAAAAAUGCAUGCUCACCAAGCAGGAAUAUGUCGGCAAUGACCCGCUCCAGUUGUCCAAGAUCAACGUAUUUUUUGAAGACUCAAACCAAGAGGGAAAAUAUGUUCCGCGAUCCGUGAAUGUAGACCUUGAACCUGGCACCAUUGAUCACCUGCGUGCGGGUCCUCUAGGACGACUGUUCCGUCCAGACAAUUAUGUGCACGGUGAGUCGGGUGCAGGUAACAAUUUUGCCAAAGGUUACUACACUGAAGGUGCAGAGCUGUUGGAUGCUGUGUUGGAAGUAGCUCGACAUGAGACGGAACGCGCUGACAUGUUUCAGGGCUUCCAACUCGUGCACUCGUUGGGCGGUGGUACUGGAUCGGGUCUGGGAACAAACCUCUUAAGCAAGCUGCGUGAGGAGUACCCGGACCGGAUGCUUGCUACUUGGUCUGUUCUUCCGUCGCCCAAAGUGUCCGAUACGGUUGUAGAGCCGUACAAUGCGACGCUGUCGUUCCAUCAGCUCGUGGAAAAUGCCGACCUGUCGUUCUGCUUGGAUAACCAAGCGCUCUAUGACAUUUGCCAGAGGACGCUGCGGAGCGAGUCACCUAGUACGAUGAUCUCAACAUGCUGA